UUCAGCUAACCAGGUGUUGGUAGAGCCUCUACGUUGCUGCAUUGUAUCAACCAUAUGUUUGGAACAAACGGGAUGUCUCCAAGUAAUGCUAAUUUCCUACCUCUAUUCCUAUCAAAAUGAGCUUAGGUGUAUUAUAUAAAAUCAUCUUGCUCAAAAGAAUACCGGAUAUUGCGUUGCGUAUACAUGACAAGUUCUAGCUCCUUGGAGUCAUAUUGUAACAUUAAUGUUCCACGUGUUUUCAUGCUAGCACACCAUAAUAUCGGGUACUUAACAUAUUGUAACAUUAUCGCGAUCGGGAAAUAAGUUGAGCAGAGUCGUUUAAUAACCUACGGUCAUCUCACUUAUGUAAAAAAAACAGUAACAACACAUCCUUACAAAUUUUGUUGGCUAACUAUCAGCUGAACGCACCGGUCUGACAAAGCUGCUUGAAAAGAUGCAGGAGAUAACAUACUGACGUAAAUCUACAAAAGCAAUUGCACAACGUCGUGAUAAUGUCCAGCAAGAAUUUGACAGACCACCUGAUGCGGUUUGAACACAUCUGUGUAAGACGGUAGAGAUUUUGACAGAUGAAGAGAGUCUUGAUAUUGUAUUGGAGUGUUUAUGUUCAUAUAUCCUGGCGCCUGGGUUGGAGACACUUUUCGAUGCAUUGAGGCGUGAGUACAAGACGCUGAAAAUCAGAGAAAAACAAGAUUGCUUAAAGAGGUUGCGCAGAGACGCACAAGAAACAAGUAGGCGAGAGGUGAUUGUAGUCAGCUGUGGUAUCACGAGCGUAUACAACAGCGAGGCAGCAUCCGUGAUUGUUGGGGUGGGCUACAAAGGCCGCCGCGUUUACUUUCAUUAGCAUACCAAGUAACGCACAAGAUUCAGUACAUCCACUCGAGAUUCCUACGUCAUGAAAAUUGAUACUUCGCAUCUACGUGUGUUUGGCUCUUCUGGAUUAUGUACAUUGGCGAGCUCAGGAAAUCCAAGUCAGUCACCAGUGUCUUCUAAGAUACCCUGGAAUGAUAAGGCCUACCACAUUUAGAAGACGUUAAGUGUACUUAAGCCUAACGAAGAUUCUCCUGCGAGCAUUUCAACGUGCAUAUGUAGGGAUGUAGUAGCUAUCAGACGGCUCAAUCAAAAAUUUUGGAUGAAGCGGAUGAAAAUUUAAACGUUUCAUCGCAGCUAUCGAGUAGAACUGAUAUGGAGACAGACCACUUGUCUCACGAGUCUGGUGCCGCUAGACUUAACGAAUAAAAGUGGCUCAAAGAAGUCAUAGAGAGUCGUAUAAAUUGCUGGUAGUCGUAGUGGGCUGUGAGCUGAGCGUUCUUCUCGUUCAUAUUACCUCGAGCGACGUCGUUACGGCCGCUACAAAAGGUAUCUUUUAAAAAAACAGACCUGAUAUCAGUGGGAACAAUUAGUUUUUAAAUGGAAUCAGUAUCAUGAGCUUGACUGGGACAUACUACUUUGGAACACGACCAAGAGUGGCAAUGGAUUGCGAUAUUUCUUGUAUGAACGCGCUGAAGAAAAUGGACCGGAAGGUGUUCAUGCUCUAAUUUAUUAUGCAUCUUCAUUAUUGAAAAAUGGGCUUGCUCUUGAGAUGGUGACCGUAUCUUGGGGGAAGAAGGCCGUGGAAAUACCUUAGCGCCAAUGCGUGGGAUGAUGUAUCCUAAUUGCUUUGGCAGUGAUGGGUUUUUGCGUAAGCAUCGCAUAGCUAUGGAUUCAGCUAAUUGUGUGCUGCGAUAUCAAGCUUUUCAUUCUGAGUUUCGAGUGCAUUUCAGCGAAAACGCGGGCAACAUGGUACGGAAGCCUUUAGAAGUAAAGGAUCGGUCUCAUGUGGAUUUGACGCGAUGAAAUUGGUGCUACUGUUCACUCCAAAUAUCAUCUCGUCACCCUAAAAUAUUCGGUGACGAAUGUAGUGACACUUAUUUACAGGUCGCUAGUAUGAAAACAGCUAAAACAUUUUUGGGUCGGUGGGGGCUUUUUAGUAUGAUAUCGAGAUGGCAUUACGCAAUGGUGUACAUGAUAAGUGCCAAUUGGAGUGAAAGCAUGGUUUGUACACUGCAUUAACGAAUUUAUGGACAAAAGUAUCAUUUCUUGUACAUUU